GUGGCCUUUUUUAAUAUGCGUUUGAAACCGAGAGUUAUGUGUAGAAGUUGAAAAUGCCUGGAAGAUUUCUGGUCUCUGUCACUCCUUUUCCUGCCUUUUUGCACCUCUGCCUGAUUUGGAUGAUGUGACAUUCAGCGGGACACCGUAACCGAAGUCGUUCUUCAACGAGACAUCUGGCCAAAGAUUGUGUAGUAAUUCAAGAUGGCGAGUCAACCGCCAGAAGAUGCCGCAGAGUCUCAGGGGUCUGACGAGCUCGAGUGUAAGAUCUGUUAUAAUCGAUACAAUCUGAAGCAGAGGAAACCCAAAGUGCUGGAGUGUUGUCACAGGGUGUGUGCCAAAUGCCUCUACAAGAUCAUAGACUUUGGGGAUUCCCCCCAAGGCGUCAUCGUCUGUCCUUUCUGCAGGUUCGAGACGUGCCUGCCUGAUGACGAAGUUAGUAGCCUGCCCGAUGACAACAACAUCCUUGUAAACUUGACUUGUGGAGGCAAAGGCAAGAAGUGCCUGCCAGAGAACCCCACCGAGCUGCUGCUGACCCCCAAGAGGCUGGCCUCUCUCGUCAGCCCUUCUCACACUUCCUCCAACUGCCUGGUUAUCACCAUCAUGGAGGUGCAGAGAGAGAGCUCCCCGUCUCUGAGCUCCACUCCCGUGGUAGAAUUUUACAGGCCUGCAAGUUUCGACUCUGUUACUACUGUGUCCCACAAUUGGACUGUGUGGAACUGUACCUCCCUGCUGUUUCAGACAUCCGUCCGGGUGUUAGUUUGGUUGCUAGGUUUGCUGUACUUCAGCUCCUUACCCUUGGGGAUCUACUUACUGGUAUCUAAGAAAGUCACCCUUGGGGUCGUCUUUGUCAGCCUCGUCCCUUCGAGCCUUGUUAUUCUUAUGGUGUAUGGUUUUUGCCAGUGUGUUUGUCAUGAAUUUCUAGACUGUAUGACACCUUCUUCUUAAUCGAUAUGCAAACUAAGAAUUUGACGUACAUUUGACGUGUUUGAAGUUAGGUAAUUGAUCAUUUAUUUUCUUUUGUAUUCUCUACGAUUAGCGUCCAUGACAUUCGCAAAGCCAUCGGCCAUACGUUUGUAGUCUGUUUUCCAUCAAAAUGUUGACUCAGUUGGUUUUCCUGUAUGCUGGAAGUAAUAAUGUUCAUUUCUGCUUAGGUGUUAGCGAAGAAGAGGCAAAAAUGUAUGAGCUGGGCCCGCAUGGAGCUCUUCUUGUGAGGCUUCCCAGAGAAAGAGCAGGAUUUCACUCAGCUCUGCUGGACAGACUCCGGGGGCGAGGCGUGUUAGCCUACAGGAGAGGUCUUUGUGGAAGGUUAGGAAGGAACUGAUUCCUCUUCUCAUAAUCAGUGAUAGUCUAGGAUGGAGGGUGGACACAAGAGGAGAAUAUUCCAAGACACGUCUGUUUGAAAGGGGUGCACCCCCCUCAUUGUUGGAGCACCCCUGAGUCCUCUUCACGUGUUCUGUCUCUAAAGUUAAUGUUGCUCUCUGUGGUCUGCUAUCUGCUACUCCAGUUGAGGUGCUGGUUCCCUUUGCCCAUGCUCCCUUGCCAGGAGGAAACUCGUCCUCAUGCCCUUGUGUGGUUUCAAUUGAAUACCUGUUUUGCCGCACUACUAAAGAGAAUUAAAAACACUGAGGAAUUUGCAUCACAGUAAACUCCAUGACAGAAUAUGGCCACUUGUCUUUGAGACACACCCUUUCCUCCAGAUUUAUUUUCCUGUCUCCUCAGUCUUCUCCGAAAUUCCCACAGAGCAGUUAUUGUUCAUGGAAAUCUUCGUUUAAGUCUUUCCUUAAAACAGCUUAGUUUAGUUUUUUUUUUAAGCUGCGUUGUUCAACCAGCCCCACUCCUUAUCCUGAAUGAGGUUCCGUUUAAAUUAGUUCUAUAAGUUUAUGAGGGUUUUAUUUUUUCCUGUUGUGUUUUAAGUUCUAUUAUGGACUUAUUUAACUUAAUCCUAACAAUUUUGGGGAAACUGCGGCCGUGGAAACCCAGAAACAAUUAUUGAGAUGUCCUAGCUCACAGUUUGAAGGGCUGAGAGCCUCAGUAUUUUGCUGUGCUGUCCUGAGUUGUCCCAAAACGUAAUGGUUUCGGUUUAUGUGCAAAACUGUGUCGCAGUAGGCCAGGCCAAAAGGUGGGCAAGAAACACACAAAGCUGACGCCCAGCUCGGAAAGACCCUUCAAGGAAGUAAAAUGAAGGUGGCAGAGUGCAGCUUAACGUGUUGCAAUCCCUGUUGUUUUUAAGACCGUUUUAAAAUGGAUUCAAGUUCUUACAUGGUUUAUUUCGGAUAAAAGCAUAAGCUUUGUGACUUGAGGUGGUGAACUUCUUUUCAUGAUGUAGGAGAAGCUGAAUGUAUAUAUUUAUGAGAGAAAUUGUUUAGCAGAUUUUAGGUUUGAGGGAAUAGAAUAUCCACAGAAACUAGGCCAAAAAAAAAAAAAGCUUUUUAGUCUCUAAAAUCCAUUACUGAUGAUUAACAUUAAAAUACUUAUAACUCUUAGAAAGGGGCAUUACUAUGACUAUUUAACUUGUUUGUGUUGAGACAUUUAUUUGUGAUAUAGUUACAGGGGACCCAGUUCCAAUCUCCUUGUUCAGGAAAAAUUAAUACAUUUCUAGAAUAGUGGUUUGAUUUUAAUUGUAUAACUAGUAACUUUGGGAAUAUGUACACCCAAGGUGAGUAUGACGGGAAUGUAUAUGUGGGAUGUGGCCCAAUGAGUUUAAGCCCCAAGAUACAGCUAAAUACAUUUAUGAUUUCAUAAAAUCUAGUUUAGAUAGUAUUGUGAAUGCAAUUUCCAAAAAUCCGUUUGUACUUAGAGUAAAUAUAAUAUUUAGGAGAUGUUUUGUGGUUUGGAUUUAUAUAUUUAUAAGGUUUUUAGAAAUGUUCAUUUUGUCUGAAAUGUAACAUCAGAUAAACUGGUGACUUAUCCUAUGAUGAGAUUUCUAGAAAGCUCUGGACAUGGGUACUAUGUAUUUUGCUUAUUUGUAAAAUGUCUGCAGUGCUAAAUUUGUGUCUCUCUGUUUAUUGUGAUAGUCUUUUUAACAGCUGCCAGUUAAGUUAAUUUGGUUUUAAAGAGUUUUAAAUGUAUGACAACAAAAAACUCUUCAUGCUGUUGAAUGAAGAAAGGACCGUGCUUCAAUGUCUUAUUCACUGUGAUAA